AUGGUACCAGACCCAAGCACUCCUGCUUUCCCCUCCUCCUCCUCAUCUUCUUCUACUACUACUCCCGUCGUCAGCGGUAAUGCCUACCAAGACGCGCUAGACGGCCUGCAGCCCCUGCAGCCCGUCCUCCGGGGCUUCAACCACCGCAACAGGAACCAGCACCGCCGCGCCGCCUGGUGGGCCCCCUUCGGCAUGCUGCGGCGCCACGUCGAGAAGCUCGUCGACGAGCUGAUCGAGGCGGCGGCGGCGGCGGCGGCGGCUGCUGCUGCUUCUACCAAGUCUAAGAGUAAGAAGCGCCGGCGUGAUGGUGACGGUGACGAUGGCCGUGGGGUUGGGGUUGGGGGUUUGGGGGGUUUGGAGAGGAAUGUCAAGUGUCACGUGGGGUGGCUGAGGGAUGUCCUGGUUCCCAAGUGUUACUUGGCGUUCUCGCAACUCACGGCGGACAACCAGUUCGCCACGUUGAGCGUGGUGCUGCUCGGCGUGCUGGCCCAAGUCAACGCCACGUGCGUGCGGCUAGUAGGAGAAGCGCCGGCGGCGGAACCAAGCGCCGGUGAAACCGGUACAUCAUCUCCGCAUGGACCCCCCAGCAGUAUCACCACCACCAUAACCGCCACGCGGGCAAACCAGGCCGGUUCCUCCCAAGGAGCUCAAGGCCAACAGCAGCAGCAGCAGCAGCAAUCCUCUCGUCCUCUUGUCGGCCGCGACGAGACGCCCGGCGACCGCGGGGGCACGAAGAUCUCGCGGGACGAGGUGGCGCGCGCCGAGAAGCUGCGCAGGAAGAAGAAUACCUUCCAACCCGGGUCGUCUUCCGAUAUAGCUGAUGAUAUAGCUGGUAUUGACGAUGACGAUGACGAGAAACCUCUACGGAAGCAGAAGCAGCAGCAGCAGGAACAGGCCACUUCCUCGAAAACGAAGAUCAAUGAAAAGGAGGUGGGAGCAAAACCAGCCAAGAAAAAGAAGACCAAGAAAGGAGGCGACGAGUUCGAUGAUCUAUUCAAAAACUUGUUUUGAGCUAGAAAUAGGACAUGGUCUCCCUGUUAACGUAUAUAGGUAGGUACCUACCAAAGGUAGGUCACCAAAUUUACCAAUCUCAUAAAAUUUUACAGUUACUCCAAUAAAUGCGCCCUAUCUUUAAACAGAUCAAGUGUUAAUUUAAUAGUCAUUGAUUGUAUUCAUGCAAAUUUUGCAUCACUGUCAAGCCUGACUUGCAAUCCACUUGUGCGUUGGUGACAAGAGGCUACCACCGUUGCUACUGCCGCUGAAUACUUGAGAUUAGAAACCCGCCUCCUUUCACCCCUUUCAAAGUCUCGCCAAGCCAACAGGGAGACCAACUACAAUCCUCGCUCUCUCCAAGUUGCAAAAUUGUUAUCCACACCUUCGCACGUCGUCUAGGGAAGUGUGCAGCUUUCGCUUUGGCAAAAAUAAAAAAGAUCUUCAAGAUCCUAAGACCCUAUCAACGUUAGGUCU